GUCUGACAUCUUUCUUUUCUGAUUCUACCACGUUUUGCUAAAGUUGUGGUUCCACCAAAAUGUACAACGUUGUGUCGAAAAAACGCCGGUUCGUUGCCAAUGGCAUGUUCCGUGCUGAAUUGAAUGAAUUCCUGACCCGUGAAUUGGCUGAGGAUGGAUACUCCGGUGUGGAGGUUCGUGUUACACCAACCCGUACCGAAAUUAUCAUUAUGGCUACCCGUACGCAGAACGUGCUGGGUGAGAAGGGACGUCGCAUCCGUGAACUGACCGCUGUUGUCCAGAAGAGAUUCGGAUUCACUCCAGGAACAGUUGAAUUGUACGCCGAGAAAGUUGCAACCCGAGGUCUGUGCGCCAUCGCUCAGGCUGAAUCGCUGCGUUACAAGCUGAUCGGAGGGCUGGCCGUCCGACGGGCGUGCUAUGGUGUGCUUCGAUUCAUUAUGGAAUCCGGAGCCAAGGGUUGCGAAGUGGUCGUGUCCGGCAAACUGCGAGGACAGCGUGCCAAGUCGAUGAAGUUCGUCGACGGACUGAUGAUCCAUUCCGGAGAUCCGUGCAACGAGUACGUCGACACUGCCACUCGUCACGUACUGCUGCGCCAGGGAGUGCUUGGAAUCAAGGUCAAAAUUAUGUUGCCUUGGGAUCCGAAUGGCAAGAUCGGACCGAAGAAGCCGCUGCCGGAUAACGUGUCCGUGGUGGAGCCAAAGGACGAAAUCAUGUACAGCACACCCCGCAGCGAACCGAAGAACAAGCCGACGCUGGAAAUCGCCGAAGUGGUUGUGGAACCAGUGGCUAGCUAAGCUGUUAGUUGUAUUCAUUACGCAGUAAGCGCGAUUAAUUUGGGUGAAUAUAUACGGAAAAUGUGAGAUGAAAAAAAAAACAGAA